AUGCUGGAGAAGAUUCAGAAGGCACUCACAAUUCGUAACAGCACUGUCAGGGAGAUGCUGGCAGAAGCACUGGGGAUGUUCAUCCUUAUGGUUUUUGGCUUGUCUUCUGUGGCACAAGUGGUACUAGGAAGGGGAAAAUUUGGAGAGCAUCUGAGCAUCAAUUUGGGAUUUGGCAUUGGUGUGACCUUGGGCAUCCAUGCUGCUGGAGGAAUAUCUGGAGCUCAUCUGAAUGCUGCCAUCACUUUUACACACUGCAUUUUAGGAAACCUCCCUUGGAGCAAGUUUGGAGCUUAUGUGUUCGGCCAGUUCCUGGGAUCCUUUUUGGCAGCAGCCACUGUUUUUGGCAUCUACUAUGAUGCUUUGUACGACUACUCCAAGGGGAACUUUACAGUGACAGGACCAACUGCCACGGCAUCGAUCUUCUCCACUUAUCCUGCUUCCAAUGUAUCCUUGACAGGGGGCUUCUUCACAGAGUUUGUGGCAACAAUGAUGCUGAUCCUGGGCAUUCUGGUCAUCCAUGAUGAGAAAAACAAUGGAGCCCUACAAGGCACACAGGCACUGCUCACGGGGAUGUUGGUCCUGGGCAUUGGCCUGGGAAUGGGGAUGAACACAGGCUAUGCCAUAAACCCCUCCCGAGACCUGCCCCCCAGGAUCUUCACAGCAAUUGCUGGCUGGGGAAUGGAUGUCUUCACGAGUAGAUAUUACUGGUGGUGGGUCCCACUCAUAGCUCCAACUCUGGGAUGUCUUGCUGGUGUUUUAAUCUACAAACUCUUUGUUGAUUUUCACAACCAACCUGCCCUGAAAAAUGAAAAUGAGAAAGAACAGACAGUCGUGGAGACUGACACACUGUGA